UUGAACUGUACUGAAUUCAAUAGUAUCUAUCUAAACUUCAAGCAGCUAAGUGGUAUCCGGUAACAAUGAAAUUGUUAGCUGCCUUCGCGUUUUUAUUAAUUGCAGCAAUUAUGACUCUAAGUCAUUCAGCCUCAGUUCCAGAUGAAGUGUGUGGUGAGAAUGAGGUCUUUAAAACUUGUGGUCGCAUAGGAUGCCAUCCCAGUUGUGAUAUGGUAUUGCAUGGGUCACAGUGUAUUGGUUUCAGUCUUAGGUGUGGAGUCGGAUGCUAUUGUAAGGAUGGAUAUGCUCGAGCUAAUGGUGAAAAAUGCGUCAAUAUUGCUGAUUGUCCUAAAUAUGUGAACCAACCAGCAGAAGAUUCCUCUAACUGAUACUUUCAGUGGAAAUGAAUUAAAGAUAUUUGAAAUAAAUACGUCAACAAUCAAAGAGAAAAUAAUUUGCCCGUUGUAUACACAAUAAAGAAACUUGAAAUGA